AUGUUCUUCUCAAAGGUUAUUGUUUCUUUGGCUUUGGUAGCGUUGGCUACAGCCCAACAUGGCCAUGAAGCCAGUUCCUAUUCUUCAAUCAACAGUUACAAUACCCACACUGCUCAUGAUUACCACCAAGCUGCUCCAGCCCUUCUGAAAGUAGCUGCCCCAAUCGCCACUUACCACCAUGCUCCAGCCCCAGUUGUCCAUGCUGCUCCAGUUGCCUAUCAUCACGCCCCAGCUCCAAUCGCCUACAAAGCAGCUCCAGUUCUCCUGAAAUCCGUCCACCAUGAAGAGGAACACUACGAACCUGCUAAAUAUCAAUUCAAAUAUGGCGUCCAUGAUACCCACACUCAUGACAUCAAGGAACAAGAGGAAUCUCGUGAUGGUGAUGUUGUUAAGGGUUACUACUCCCUUCUUCAACCUGAUGGCCGCACCCGCAUUGUCCACUACACUGCUGACAAGCACAACGGUUUCCAAGCUCAGGUUGAAUAUUCCGGACAUGCUGAUCAUCCCGAGGUGCAACAUAAAGCCAUUGUAGCUGCUCCAGUUGUGCAUAAGGCUAUUGUUGCCGCUCCAGUUUACAAAACUGUUGCUGCUCCAGUCUACAAAACCGCUCCUGUUUACAAAGUCCCAGCUUACCCACAUUUCUAG